AUGGUGGUAUCCGCAGUUGAGCGCCGCUUGCCCUCUCUACGUUCGUCACAAGACUCAAUCGUAAACCACGGCAUGCAGCGGUCGGUAGUCUCUGCAGGGUGUUCGGAUUGUCGAGAGUACGCUCCAGUGAUCGCAUAGGGAUAUCCUCGCUGUGAAGAGACUGCGGAAACUUCGGACGGGAAAACAACGCCGGCCGCCAUCCAAACUUCGGUAGCUAGAGGAGAGAGUCGGAACAGCUCUUCUGCGCUCGCUGUGAAUACCGGCCACAUCAUACCUUGACAAUGCAGGCUGCGUCGUGCUGCACCUCUUGCCGGAAGAUUGUCUAUCCAACAGAACGUCUCAGUGUUCUGAAUCAAAUAUUUCAUCGCUCAUGUUUUCGAUGCAGUUCUUGUAGAGCUCCACUCUCACUUCGAUCGUUCACAACGGUCGAGGGGAUCCCUUUCUGUGUCGCCCAUGCACCUUCUCUGCGACCCUCGCCGAUAACAGAUACUCCUGAGAUGAAGCUAGCUGCACGCGCACAGAAGCUCGUAUCGAAGAACACGUAUCAGAAAGAUUUCGAGCAAGACAUAAAGGGGAAAGUUUUGACGGUUGCAGAAGAUCUGGAGACUCUCCGCGUGAAAAAGAACGGAGCGGUGAUCUCGGACAAUCAGUACCAAGGUACUUUGCGUCGGAAACGUGACAUGGAAGCCAAAAGGAAUGCCAGCGACGUCGUCAGACCACACACUGUCGAAUUCGGUACCACUGCGCUCCUGUACAGCGCUGUCGAUGGACGACCCGUGACUUUUGUUGGAAAAUCGAACCAGAAGCCCAUCGGAUCCAUCCACGAUUACGACCCAUACCAAGGCGAGGAGGAUAAACCCAUGUUCACGAAAACGGCCUACGUGGCUGGCUCGACCACCACGAAUGGUUGGGAGCGGGUCGCUAACCUGAAAAAUCGGGAAGACACUCAUCCAUCGAGUGAUAAUAAUAAUUAUAAGAGCGAUCGCAAACCUAAAGCUCGAACAGGCAAAAUGUACCGAGCGGUAUACACGUACAGGGCGCAAGAAGCCGACGAAGUGAGCUUCAACGACGGGGACGUCCUACUCGGAUGCAGUGCGGUGAACGCGGGAUGGACAACCUGCACCGUGCUGCGCAACGGGAAGAGAGGAAUGGUUCCAGCGAACUUCAUCGAGCCUGUCUGACCGGAUGACAAUUGUAUCACUGUAAAUUGUUUCAGCCGAGAAGGAUAAUAAAUGUUUUC